UGGAAUCAUUUCAUUUCUCUGUUUCGUAAGAAGAUUUCUAGUUAGCAACGACAACGAGCGAGUAAAUCUUGUUCCACUGAAAUCAAGAAGAAAGAGGCAAAUUCAGAUCGAAACAAAGAAAAUGAGCAAAGAAAAUAGUAGCAACAACAUUCAAGUGUUGAAGUUACUGAAUCAAACAGUUUCAGAACCUCAUUUUCUCUUCCAUUUCUUAACUUUUUUCUCCUAUUUAGUUCUUCGCUGUUCUGCUUCACAAGUUUUAGCGCCAAAUCUCACUCAAAAUCUACUUCGUCGCGAGAUUCAAACGCUGUUAGCUUUCGCUGUUUUGGCUUUCAUCAAGGGUGUGAGAGAAGAGACAUGGGAAGCCUUCAUAGGUGAUGCACUUUUCCUUGCCAAGAUUUGUCUUUUUGCCCUUACCUUUACAAUGGAUCGCCGCAUAGCCGUUUCGUAUAUUCUUGUAUUUGCAGUGAUACAUGUGCUGACACAACAACCUCCAUCUGAAGCACUAGGUGCUUGUAGCAAGCUAACACCAUUGCUGUUGGAAAGCCUGCUAACAGAGGGGACCACUACAAGAUAUUGGCUGGUGGAAUUCAGUGCUUCUUAUUCAUCUGCUUGCAUUCGCUCAAGUCAACAGUUUCCUGAGCUCUCAAUUACAUAUUCAAGCAAAAUUUUAUCAUUUGGAAUAGUUGAUCUUGGACUCUUUCCCAAUGCAGCUGAAAAGUUUGGAGUAUCUCUUAGUGGAAGCAUGGGUCAGCUUCCAACAUUUAUCUUAUUUGACAAUGCAGCUGAAGUUGCCCGCUUUCCAGUGUUGGGUUCCGAAACAACAUUUUUCAACCCUACAAUUACAAAGGACUACUUUCUCGGCAUUUUGAGCUUGAUCGGCACCUUCUUGAAUAUAUUAGUGGUAAACUAUAUAGGUGAUUGCUUGUCAUUAUGCUGAUACAGUUCCUUCUUUGUACCGAAACUAAUAGGAAAAUUGUAGAAAUUAAUGAGUUGGACCGAAAUGUUUAUGAUAGAACAUUACGACGACGUAAUUUGAUCCGUGUAGCCGACCCCACUUAGCGUGAAAAAGCUAGGUUGUUGUUAUUGUUGGUUCCUUUUUUUGUACCCUUUUAAUGUUGUAACCAUUGAGAUUUAUUUGUUGGUCAUAGAAUAUAAUGGUUCAAAUUUUUUCCUGAAAUUCAGUCCCU